UACUCUCCAUUGUUUGCAUCUCCGGUUCGGUAUCCCACCGCGACGUCCCCUUCACGGCGCCCGAUUAUUUCGUUAUCCGGAAGUGUGGAUCCUGGAUUCGGUCGAGCCCGAGAGUGAGACGGGGAGGCGGCGGUCGGGCAGAUGGGAGGGGGCGGGAAGAGGCGGGGUUAGUUAUGUUGCGCCGGAUCCUGGCUCUGCUCGUUCAUCCAUUUUUGCCCCCCAAUUCUGAAGUCCUCGGUAGAGGUGGCAUGUUCUAUGCGGUGCGGAGAGGCAGGAAAAUUGGAGUGUAUCCCACUUGGCAGGAAUGUAAAGAACAAGUUGAUAAAUAUCAACAUGCCAGCUUCAAAAAGUUUGCAACAGAGAAAGCAGCCUGGGCUUUUAUAAAUGAAGAGUCAACAGAAUCAUCCAUUUCUUCAACAGGCCUUGGUGAUACACCUGAAAAGCAGAAAAGUAAUAGCCAUUGGAGUAACCAGGCUACAUCUGAAUCAAAUUAUACAAGAUCAUACAAAAGACCAUAUGAAGAGCUUUCAGAGAACAAGCUUACAAAUAAGCGUGUAAAAUAUACAGAAGUCCCUUAUACUCCUUCAGAAAAUAAGAAUGAAUUCUUAUAUAUAGGAGAUUACACAGUUGUUUAUACAGAUGGAUGUUGUUCAGGUAAUGGACGCCAUAAAGCACGUGCUGGAACAGGUGUAUAUUGGGGACCUGGUCAUCCUCUAAAUAAUAGUGAAAGACUUGAUGGACGGCAAACAAAUCAAAGGGCUGAAAUACAUGCAGCUUGCAAAGCAAUAGAACAAGCAAAGAGUCAAAAUAUCACAAAACUGGCGAUCUAUACUGACAGCAAAUUCACCAUUAAUGGUAUGACAAACUGGAUCCCAAACUGGAAGAAUAAUGGUUGGAAAACCAGAACAGGAAAAGAAGUAAGAAACAAAGAAGAUUUUGAAAGGCUUGCUAAGCUUUCAGAAGGCAUGGACAUCCAGUGGAUGCAUGUUCCCGGUCAUGCUGGCUUUCCUGGAAACGAAGCAGCUGAUCGAUUAGCAAAAGAAGGAGCUGGAAAAUCAUUAUCUUAGCAUUUUAUAACCUAAAUACUCCACAUAAGAAGGAAGAUUAAGAUUAUUUCAGGUUAAUUUUUGUUGAGUCUCCAUAUGCUUUGAAUAAAAGAUGCAAAAAUUUAGCUUAAACAGUGGAGAAUGUAAAUGCUUUUUAUAUAUCCUAUGUCUUGCCAGAGCAUCUCCUCCAUUUCUCAAUCUGUGUCUGAGAGUUGAGUGUUUGCAUCAUAUUAAUUAUGUAAAACAGCAAAUUGGGAAGUGUUAAAAAAGUAUAUAUGGAAAAUAUACUCUACUUGCUUGGACAACAAUAUGUUCUUGUUACCUUAAAGGUUUUUUUUUUUAAUUUCAAUCCUAUUGUCUCUACAAUACAAUAGAUAAAGGAAAGUACAAAUCAAAAUCAAAAUUAUUAGAUCACAGUCACCUUACUCAACAAGGUGCAAACUCUAUAUGUAAGAUCGGUAUUCACGGUAUAUUCAGAUGUUCACAUUCUAAAGAUUACUUUAGAGCUUGGUGUUUAUUUAUUUACAAUAAAUAAAAUUAUUAUUGGUGCUGGCAUACCUAACAUAUGAUGUUAGCGCAAUAAGCAUUGUUUGUGUUUAUUAUUUUAUUUGUUACAUGUAUAUUCCACUGCUCAUCAAGGAGUUUAAAGUGACUUAACAUGGAAAUCUCUACUUUACACCCCCACCCCCCAAAAAUACCCUACUUGGUGAGAUAAAUUGGGGCUGACUGGCCUCCAAUCAUGCUAUGAAUUUCUAUAACUGAGGAUGGAUUUGAACCUAGGUUCAGCCAGGUCCAAGUCCAGAAUCUUAAAACACAUUGGCUGUGUUUCUAUAACUGAUUUACUCUAUUUAUGUCCUGUUUUCCUCCAAAGUUCACACUAUUCCCUUCAUAUUCUGACAAGAUACAAUAUACAUAGAAAGAUAGAAUCUAUUCUUAUAGUUAUCAAUUAUUAUAGCCUGUAGAAUUUGAACAUGUGUCUAUUAUGCCUUCUAAGCAGGUGGGAUAGGUAGGACAAGAUUUGGUGCUAUAGUUGAGCCUGAAAAUUAGAAUGGUCACUUUUCAGCCAUCACAUCUCUUUUCAAUGUAGUGUAUGUUUUUAAGCUCUCUGAGAUUCCUGAUGACUUGCCUAGGGAGAUUCAGAUUUUGUACUUGUAUGUAUACAAGUACAUAUACAUACAUACUUGUAUACAAACAGUAUGCAGUAUUCAUUUCAAAAUGUGUUUAUUUCAGGACGAGAAUGAUCAAUGUUAAGAUGUUUCAGCCUAUCACUGCAUGAAUGCAUGUGCUUUUUUAAGCCAUAGUCCAUCUUUUGAUUUAAGAUACUAUAGAGUUUUGUCUGGGAUAUGUUUGUGGCUUCAAUAAGCCAACUUUUCUAAAUUAAGUAUGUAUUGAUUUCCCAGGAUUGUAAAACAAGAUUGCUGUGCUCGGUAUACUUGUACAAACAGAUCUUCAUAUACAGUAGACUUUAUGGCAAUAUAAUAUAUAAUUUCAUCACAGAGCCAUUUUAUCAGAUUAUACCUUUUAAAAAGAAGUUAUAGACCCAUAAUGAGACAGAUUUAUCAAGAUUUGAUAGAUUCCCUUGAUUUUAAUCUGGUUCUGAAAGAAGGAGUGCAAAAAUACAAGAUGAAAUGCCAUGUCCCUGUGAUAGCAAACAGCCACUUCAUUCUUAAUAGUGUAGCGUGUUUCUCAAGGAUCUGAGAAACUGAUGAAGACACAUUUUCUGAGUUCACUUAAUUUCAUAAAAUAAAUAUAGAGUAAAUGUUAGAAAAUGAAUUUAGAAACCUGUUAUACAUAGCUAAUUGAGGAAUAGGCAGAUUUUAUAUGGAAGUAAGAGUAGGACUAGACUAGAAGUAUAUUGAAGUGGUAUGCUCUCGUAAAAUGCCUUGCAAUUUGACUUUGAUGGUGAUCUGGUUCUCUUAAGAUUAUUAAUGACCUCUCACAACUAGGCCUCUUUCAUAUCCCCUUCAUCAAUCAGAGAGUGUAGUUGUGUUGACAGGUCUCUCCUUGAACUUACAAGGCAAGUCAUUUGCUGAUCUCCCUGAGAAGUGAGGGUGCAGAAUUCACAACAGAUGUUUUCAUGCAUGGCUGCCCUCCCUCCUAGACCCCUCCCCUUCUGCUGAGGAUAGGGCUUGUUUUUCCAGGAGGAGGAGAAAGACAUUGAAACUUAAGAGCAAGAGAAAUGCAGUCAUUAAUGGAAUAGUCUAAGUGGACUAGUUGUGAUAGGUUGCAGGGAUUAUUUUCUUCAGGCAGUUUUGCAAAACAACACUUCUUUUUACUUAACUUGCCUAAUACCUUUGUUUUUCUUAGGAACUGGGAAGGAAAUGAGUACAGUAUUAGCCUCUGUUCUUAUUUCAUCUAAUUUCACACAAGCUUAAUGUUGAGAAAAAAAUCAGGUGUUUAAUAGGUAUUUCAUAGUACUUACUUUGAAAACUUGAGCAAGACAACUUGGCAAGAUGAGGGUGCAAGUAAUGAGGAAGCAGAUUAGGAGGCACAUCCUUCUAGUUUCAGAAAUGCUAACCCCAGUUCUAUUUCCUUUUUUAAUCUUAGGAAUCUAGCUUUACUUACAGCAGAUACAUUAUGUUUGUUUAUUUAUUCAAGUUAUAUAGCCGCCCAUGUCAUCUUCGUGACUCUGGGCAGCUUACAAUUAAAACAUAAACAUUACUAAGAAAAAAAUAAAACAAUCAUACAAACAUAAAAAACAAUUUAAACAAUUUUAAAAAACCAUACAGUACUGGAAAGCACAGUCAUUCAAAAACAGUACAGGUAAUCCUUGCUUAACGGCUGCCCUGUUUAGUGACUGUUCAAAGUUACGAUGGCGCUGAAAAAGU